UUCAAAAAGGAACCGGGUCUCCGGCUCUCCACAGUAAUUCAACCAAAAAGUAGUUUGGUUGGGGUGUUGGGGAAAGGGUAAAUUAGCAAACCGAGAAAGGAAAAAAGAAGAAGAGAGGAAGAAAUCUCGAGCAAGUAGCAGUACAAAAUUCAAAUCCAUCGGAGAGUUGCGUUGCGUUGCGUUGGUGGUUUUGGUGGUGGUCCAGCACUAGCCGUCGUUGUCGUUGUCUUACCUUUACUUGGGACCGCUAGGGUUUAUUUCCGAUCGACCUAAUAGCGGAGAAUCACAAUUGCUUCUCAAUUUCUUAUGGCUGGUGCCGGAAUUCACCCCUACCACCAGCAAUGGCCUCCGGCCGCAGCUCCUCCUCCGCCUCCAGUCGCUGCUCCUCCUCCUCCACCCCCACCGCAUCCUCACCCUGCUCCUAUCCCCAUGGAUAAUCAUAACCGCCUUCCCAUCGAUGAGGUUCGGACAAUUUUCAUAUCUGGGCUGCCUGAGGACGUCAAGGAGAGAGAGCUGCAGAACCUACUGAGAUGGUUGCCGGGAUACGAGGCGUCUCAGGUCAACUUCAAAGGCGAACAUCCCAUGGGAUUUGCCCUCUUUGCCACUCCUCAGCAAGCUAUUGCUGCCAAGGAUGCCCUUCGGGAUUUGGUUUUUGAUGCCGAAUCAAAUUCGAUAUUGCACACUGAGAUGGCCAAGAAGAAUCUUUUUGUAAAGAGGGGGAUAGUUGCGGACUCAAAUGCAUAUGAUCAGAGUAAACGAUUGCGAACUGGUGGUGAUUAUACGCACACAGGUUAUUCAAGUCCAUCUCUUUUUCAUCCUCCUCCAGCACCUGUUUGGGGGCCCCAUGGGUAUAUGGCUCCAGCCCCCCCACCAUAUGAUCCAUAUGCUGGUUAUCCUGUUGCUCCAGUACCAAUGCCUGCUCCUGCCCCUGUUUCGGCUCCAAGCAGUUAUGUACCUGUUCAGAACACUAAGGACAACCCGCCAUGCAACACACUGUUCAUUGGAAAUCUUGGAGAGAACAUAAAUGAGGAAGAGCUCAGGAGUCUUUUCAGCGCACAACCUGGUUUUAAGCAGAUGAAGGUAUUGAGGCAGGAAAGACACACAGUCUGCUUCAUUGAGUUUGAAGAUGUCAAUAGUGCUACCAAUGUGCAUCAUAAUUUGCAGGGUGCUGUCAUACCUAGCUCUGGUUCGGUUGGCAUGCGGAUCCAGUAUUCCAAGAACCCAUUUGGGAGAAGGAAGGAUUCCAACCAUCCAGCAGUUGCUCCCGGUGCUAAUGGAGCCGUGCCAACUAUGACCUACCAGUAGCUGACUGGCUGGAAGGGGAUGUAUUCUGUUCUUUAUGCUCUGAGCAAAACAAACCACUACAUAUGAUAGGAUGCAUCGUGCAGCUGUUGCAUGCAUCCAUUUUGUCAUCAAGUCAUCAGCAUUAGCAUCUUACAUGUUAAUGAAUGCACGAAAUGGUCUCAUGAACAUAUUGUUGGGCCAUGUUAUAUUUUGCUUAUGCAGGACAUAUGCAUUCCGGCAAUGCUAUCUUAGAAUGAUUCUUAGCUUGAUUAGGACUUUUGUUUCUAUAUAUUAUGUCAAGGGUGCAUGGGAUUGUAGCUGUUGAAUCUUAUGGUUUUCACUCCUCAACUCUUUACAAUGUCAGGAAUGCUUUUCUUUUACACAUGUUGCCUUGCAAACCAAUUUUCUCCAUGUCAUCAAUAUGUAUUAUAGAUCCCAUGGAUACCACAUGCCAUGCUAUGUCACAAUGAACUGAGGCUCAUCCCCAGGCACAAUCAUCAUGACAUGGAAAUUUUAGAAACCCAUAUCAUAAGUCAUGAUAAUUAUACUCAGAUCACGUUGCUGUCACUAGCAUCUUUCGAUGAAAGCUUAAGCUUAAGAUAAGUUCAUUAGCUCUAUGACGCUCUUGGCGUCCAGGCUUUGCAUGAUGAGCAAAUCCAAGAAUCUGGAAUGUUGUCCAUUCUAUUGUUGUUAUGCAGGGUCAAUUGUUGCUGGAGCUGCUGUUCAUUUUGGUGAUCUGCUCUAGUUGCUGGAUACCAGAACUCCAGUAGGACAGUCUGAUUCUAGACGUUUGAGGUUGGCAUCUGGUUGAGUUGUUGUUUUACGUGGCUGGAAGUUGGCUCUGAGCUUAGGAGGCCUUCCCAGCUCUCUGCCUGCAACUUGUUUGAAGUCUAGCGCAGUGAAGUGAGAGAGGGAGGGAGGGAGGAAGGGAGGGAGAAUGUUGAAACAAGAAAGAUUUGAAGUAUAUAUCUACCCUAGCAAUAAAUGUUGGACGUUUCUGUUCGUUGCCCCGCUUAUUUUCUUUUGUUUUAGCCCUGUGAUUGUAAAAUUUCAGGUUUUGUAGAUCAACGUCUCUUGUAAUUGAUCUCAUGUCUCGACUCAAAAAGUUUGGGCAAAGUGCGGCGCUGCGCUUUGUGUA